CCGAGGCAGUGUGUCGAGUCGGACGGCAGCAUGGCGCGGUGGCGGCUCCUAAGCACUGCAGCCCUACUGGCGCUUAUCGCAGGCUGCUCCGGUCUGAGGAUGCUCAGGACGUCCAUCGAGAGGGCCGUCGUUCGCGGCUACAAACUGACACUGAUCUGCGAGGUGGACCCAGGAGGCAAGAAAAUCUACCAGGCCAAGUGGUACAAGGAUGGACAGGAGUUUUAUCGGCACCAGCCCGAUUUCGACCCACCGCGGAGAGCCUUUCCCGUCGUGGGAACCAGAGUCAAUGUGGCAGAGUCGGACGACUCCAAGGUGGUCCUGGAGGCAGUCGACCUAGACACCGAGGGCAAGUACGGCUGCGAAAUCUCCACAGACUACCCGUACGAGACCGUCCUGGAGAAGGGCAACGUUACAGUAGUGGAGCUGCCGCGGCAGUCGGGUCCCCUGACCAGCUCUGAGGACGUCAUACAGCGGGACAGCGGGGAGCUGGUUAGCGUCAACUGCACGUCCGUCCAGUCGCGGCCGGCCGCCAACCUCACCUGGCUCAUCAACGACGAAAAGACGGGAAGUCGGUGGACCACCCUCUACCCCAUCGCGACCGACGACGAGGGCCUCCAGACCGUGGUGCUCGGUCUCGACUUCCGGCUGCGCGAGGACCACUUCCGGCACGGCGUGGUGUCGCUCAAGUGUAAGGCCGAGCUGUUCGACAUCUACUACAGCGGCCGGGAGGUGAAGGUGCACCGGCGCUCGCUGGCGCAGCGCUCCAGCCCUCUGGGAGGCUGGUCAGCAGGCGGCGUGUGGCGUCCGACGCUGCUUCCGGUGGCGCUGGCUUCCGGUCUGGCCUGCAUCUUCGCGCGGACCACUAUGGCGGCCACUUAGGACGGCCUCUGUGCCGACGGAGCUGUCGAACGACAGCAAAACGUCGGCUCACGAGACAGCGCAGCCCCCAGACGCAGCUCGGGCGCGGCCGGAAACGGGCGUCUCCGGUCGGCAGUUCGGGCGGGCGCCGUUCACCGGAAGUGCGGCUGGCGCCCGGAACUGAACAGGGAUCUAUUGUUGUGCUCCGGCCAGUCAGCACUGUAGUAAAACUCAGCCGUGUUCAAAGUGGUGGAUAUGGAUGUGAUUUGUUGUAAAUAGGAAAUGAUGUAAAUGCUAUACAUACCUAAUGUAUCGAACGCAUCAAGGCCGGGAUAGUCUUUGGGCGUUCGUUGCUCGGAUGGGAAAAUAUUAUUCAGACUAUAUGCUCUAGUCUAGGGAAUUAUAGGUGGGAGCAUUUGAGGUAGGGUGCGAUUCAUCCCAGUUUGGGAAGCCUAGGGAAGGAAAACUUGCAAGUUGCAUAUUUUUUCUUUUCUUUUUUUUACCUGGCACGGAGCUGUCGAACGACAGCAAAACGUCGGCUCACGAGACAGCGCAGCCCCCAGACGCAGCUCGGGCGCGGCCGGAAACGGGCGUCUCCGGUCGGCAGUUCGGGCGGGCGCCGUUCACCGGAAGUGCGGCUGGCGCCCGGAACUGAACAGGGAUCUAUUGUUGUGCUCCGGCCAGUCAGCACUGUAGUAAAACUCAGCCGUGUUCAAAGUGGUGGAUAUGGAUGUGAUUUGUUGUAAAUAGGAAAUGAUGUAAAUGCUAUACAUACCUAAUGUAUCGAACGCAUCAAGGCCGGGAUAGUCUUUGGGCGUUCGUUGCUCGGAUGGGAAAAUAUUAUUCAGACUAUAUGCUCUAGUCUAGGGAAUUAUAGGUGGGAGCAUUUGAGGUAGGGUGCGAUUCAUCCCAGUUUGGGAAGCCUAGGGAAGGAAAACUUGCAAGUUGCAUAUUUUUUCUUUUCUUUUUUUUUACCUGGCGCCGUGCCAGUCGCAUCGACUGCAUGAGGAUGUACUGCCGAUCGCUAAAUGUAAUUCUCGUGAAUCUUUGUACGAGCUGGUAACGCGUUGGAUAUAUGAGAGCAGAAAGCAGCGCUUCUGAUUCCCGUUGCUGAGUGGAGGUGCCUUCUUGCACCAGCAACUUUGUCGUUAGUUUGUCGGAAGAGGAGGCUAUCACUGCUACAUUUGCUCCUGAUACAUGGUUCUGCCUGAUACCUCAUAAGCUAUCCCGCAAUGGCUGCGAUGUGCGAUCCUACUGCUCCUGAAAGACGCAGUGUUAUCAGGUGUAAAUUCACAGGGUUACUGCAGGCUUAAAUUGCGACUAUGUGCCGAGGUUUAUUUAGGUAUCGCAUUUGCGUAUGCUGUAAAUAGGGUGUUAUAUUAUUUGUUGGCAUUUGUGUCGCUGUGGAUGACGCUUUUUCGACUGCGAUGCGUUUAUUUGUGCUGGGAUGUUGUGAGUGCUGAGAUGUUGUGACUACGAAUGUCAAAAUUAUAUUUCUGUAUCGUUUGGUUUUCUUCUAGCAGGUGCUUGAAUGAAUACAAAAAAGUAACGAUUCAUAAA